GGUUUCAGGCUGUGCACGGACAGGUGGUGGCAGCAGGCAGGAGUGAGGAGCAAAGGUGACUCCUGCACCAUAACAGAGAGGUGACAGCUACCAGGGCUGCCUCUGGACAAGCAGAGCACUGUAAAGGGGGAAAAAUAACACCUGCAUGUAAAAAGGGAGUUUUGAAUCAGCCAGCCCUUUUACAGUACCCUAAAAAGUACCCAGUUCAAUGAUUGUGUAAUUAACUUGCCAGCAUAGAGGAGAAAAUAGGAGAGUUAAAGUGAAGAGUCAACACAGCCCCUGUUCUCUGCUGGAGAAGAAGAAAUCAAGGUAAUAAUAGGCAUAAUUCUCUGCUCUGACAGACAACAGCUGAAACAACAGCACAAAAACCUUUCAUCAUUUCACCAUGUGACAGUCUCACUGGCAAAUUGAGAAGCAAUGAGCAAGACAAGAAUCACAAAAGGCACAUAAUUACUUGGAAAACAGGCUUUGUGGUUCUCAGUCAAGAGCAGGGGUCAUUUUAAUAUCUCUCCUGGGCUUUACUGUGUCCCAUAUCAUCUGGAUGUGAGAAGAGAAUAUCUAUCUAUUAACAGGUUUUUGGGCAUUGCCAAGCACUUCCAAGGGAGUCCUUCAAAGGAUUACAAUUCCAAAUGAUCAUAAAAUUUUGAAAAAUGGACUGAAAUCAGUGCAAUGCGCUUCAGCCCAGACAAAUUCACAGUGCAGUAAUUGGUGCCACCCUAGAACCAGAUGUACAGAGGCAAAAGAAAAAAAAAAAAAGGAAUGGCUGAGCAAGUAGCACUACCAGAAAGGUCUCAACUGGAAUGUGAGUUGAUAUUAAUUAAUGUUGCCAGAAAGAAGGUGUGUAUCAGUGAGGCACUGCAUGUAACAUGUUCCAGUGAUUGGAUUCCUGGUCACUGAUACAGUUUUAGUUAUUUGCAGAUGUGGACACCAUCACUAAGGGCCCACAAAACGUGGCAAGUCUGGAUGGCACCAAGAAGAGCAACAUGAAAUUUAGGGAACAUGACCUCUGGGGAAGGGUUGAGUGAAUGUUGUUAACUUUCACUUGAAAAAAAACUAUUGUUAGAAGAUUGCACAUGGAUGAGAGAGAUCAGUCACCCCGGUCCACAGCACGUGGGUACCACAAGAUAUUGAAGCUGGGUGUUUCCUCAAGGUGUUUCCUCAAGGUGGUUGCUUUCUGGCUGUGCUUGCCAGGUGCUUGUUGCUGGUGGCCCUGCUGAGGCUGUGCUGGGUUCCCAAGGGCUCCUGAGGGCUGGAUCUGCUCUCCAAGGUUUGGCAAUGAAGGGGCUGAUUCCUGCUGCUCCCAGGCAGACUCAUGGUGGUUUCACAGAAACUCUGCUGGGAAUGGGAGACCAACCCUGUGGAUGUGGCUUCAGAGUUGCAUCUCAAAGCAAACCCCCACAAGACCCAAAACAAAACCAACCAUGUGAUCCUGAGCAGAAAUAGGCUAGUUUAAAAAAUACUAAGUCAUUGUCUGAUCGAUAACACUCGAUCUAAACUGCAUUUCCAGAGCUAAUUCAUGCAUUGAUUUUCCCAUUGAUUUGCAGUAACUGCUGGGUUCCUAGCUAGAUUAGCAAAGGUAUUCAAAUAUUAAGAUGGAGUCAUUUUAGUAGCCUUAGUCACCUUAUACUUAAAUCCAGUUGAUUUAUAGUUCAGAUUAGGUCUCUGCACAAGAUGCUGUGAUUCCACAAAGUCUCUUGCUGCUUUUUGAUGGCUCAGUGAACACAUUUAAAAUUCAGGCUUUUUAUGCCCCAAUUGCUUUGAAAAGGAGGUUUGUUCCCCAAAUCACCUGGGCUUUGCAAAGCCUUUUAAAAUGUGGCCCUAAAUACUCAACCAUGUAUCCUAUCUCAGACUAACUGGGGUUUUGUCCUGCCUGAGAGUUAAGGUUCUUGGCUUGGUGUUUCAGUGAAGUUUCUAAAUAUUUUUACAGCUUAUCACCAACCUGUUAAAGGAUUGACAGAUUCUGAGCUACCAGAGACACGGGUAGGCUAUAGAUAAAAUGACCAGCUGUAUCAUUGACAGCACAUUUGGGAAACAUUAACCAAAAGUAAAAACCUUUUAUAAGAAGGCCAUAAAAUGGCAGGAGUAAUUAUGUUUUUCCAAAGUUAAUCAUUGACUUUUGUUUAUUUGGCUUUUUAUAAAAAAACUUUUUCCUUUCUCUCCUAUAAUGAAUAAAACCUAUAAAAGCUCCAGCAAAUUGGAUUCAGCCUUUCUUCUUCACAGUGGCCAUGCUUGAAGGCUGAUGAGGCAGAGGCCAACUGAAAAGCUAACCUGAGGAAACCUACUUUGUUGAGAGGUUCUCAUGCUGCAUGUGAAUAUGUUGGUCCACUUCUGGCUUCUCUGUGGCCUGAGCGCUGUUGUGACCCCUCAGGAUGUCACACAACAAGCCCAGAAGUUUUUAGAAGAGUUUAACAGGAGGGCAGAAGAUGUCAGCUAUGAGAACUCCAUUGCCUCAUGGAACUACAACACCAACAUCACUGAGGAGAAUGCCAAUAAAAUGAGUGAGGCAGGCGCCAAGUGGUCCGAGUUUUACGAGGAGGCCUCCAGGAAUGCCAGCAGCUUCCCAGCAGACAGCAUCACAGAUGAGCUCACCAAGCUCCAGAUCCAGACCCUCCAGGAAAGAGGAUCCUCUGUGCUGUCACCAGAAAAAUAUAACAGACUGGGCACUGUGCUAAAUACCAUGAGUACCAUCUACAGCACUGGGACCGUCUGUAAAAUCAACAAUCCCUCUGAGUGUUUGGUGCUGGAGCCAGGUCUGGAUGCUAUUAUGGCUGACAGCACUGAUUAUCAUGAGAGACUGUGGGCCUGGGAAGGCUGGAGAGCUGAUGUUGGCAGAAUGAUGAGACCAUUAUAUGAAGAGUAUGUUGAACUCGAAAAUGAGGUUGCAAGGCUUAAUGGUUAUUCUGACUACGGAGACUACUGGAGAGCAAAUUAUGAAGCAAAGUCUCCAGAAAAUUACAAAUACAGCCGUGACCAGCUGAUCGAGGAUGUGGAGAAGACUUUUGAGCAGAUCAAACCUCUGUACGAGCAGCUGCAUGCCUAUGUGAGACACAAGCUGGAGCAAGUGUAUGGCCCCGAGCUCAUCAGCUCCACAGGAAGCCUCCCUGCUCACUUGCUGGGUGAUAUGUGGGGUAGAUUCUGGACAAAUCUGUAUCCCUUGACUGUUCCUUAUCCAGCCAAACCAAACAUUGAUGUAACUUCUGCAAUGGUUGAAAAGAAAUGGGAUGCAAUUAAAAUAUUCAAAUCUGCUGAGGCCUUCUUUGUUUCUAUUGGCCUUGAUAACAUGACUGAGGGCUUCUGGGCAAACUCCAUGCUGAUCGAGCCCAACGACAACAGGAAGGUUGUCUGCCAUCCCACAGCAUGGGACAUGGGCAAAAGGGAUUACAGGAUCAAGAUGUGCACCAAAGUGACCAUGGAUGACUUCCUGACGGCACACCACGAGAUGGGGCACAUCGAGUACGACAUGGCCUACGCGGACCAGCCCUACCUGCUGAGGAGCGGCGCCAAUGAGGGCUUCCACGAAGCUGUGGGGGAAAUUAUGUCACUUUCUGCAGCCACCCCUCAGCACCUGAAGUCUCUUGAUCUCCUAGAGCCAACUUUCCAAGAUGAUGAAGAAACUGAAAUCAACUUUCUGCUCAAACAAGCACUAACGAUUGUUGGAACAAUGCCUUUCACUUACAUGCUGGAGAAGUGGAGGUGGAUGGUGUUUAGGGGUGAGAUUACAAAGCAGGAAUGGACCAAACAGUGGUGGGAGAUGAAGAGAGCCAUAGUUGGUGUUGUGGAACCAGUCCCUCAUGAUGAAACCUACUGCGACCCUGCUGCGCUGUUCCACGUGGCCAAUGAUUACUCCUUCAUAAGGUAUUACACCCGCACCAUCUAUCAGUUCCAGUUUCAGGAGGCACUUUGCAAGGCAGCUAACCACACUGGCCCUCUUCACAAAUGUGACAUCACCAACUCCACUGCAGCUGGGCAGAAACUCAGACAAUUGCUGGCAUUAGGGAGAUCCAAGCCCUGGACUCAGGCACUGGAAAGUGUAACAGGAGAAAAAUACAUGAAUGCAGCUCCCUUGCUCCACUACUUUGAGCCUUUAUAUGAGUGGCUGAAAAAAAACAAUUCUGGCAGAUACAUUGGCUGGAAGACAGACUGGGCUCCAUAUUCUAGCAAUGCCAUCAAAGUGCGCAUCAGCCUGAAGUCAGCUCUGGGGGACCAGGCGUAUGAAUGGGAUGAAAGCGAGCUCUUCUUGUUCAAGUCAUCUGUCGCCUAUGCCAUGAGAAAAUACUUUGCAAAGGAGAAGAAACAGAACGUUGACUUCCAAAUUACAGACAUUCAUGUCGGGGAACAGACACAAAGGAUCUCCUUCUACAUUACUGUCAGCAUGCCAGGUAAUAUCAGUGAUAUCGUGCCCAAAGCUGAUGUGGAAAAGGCCAUCAGGAUGUCUCGAGGACGAAUCAAUGAGGCUUUCAGACUGGACGAUAAUACGCUGGAGUUUGUGGGAAUACUUCCAACCCUGGCUGCACCUUAUGAACCACCAGUAACCAUCUGGUUAAUUGUAUUUGGGGUGGUCAUUAGUCUGAUUGUCAUUGGAGUUAUUGCCUUGAUCAUCACUGGGCAAAGAGAUCGCAAAAAGAGAGCAAGAGAAAGCAGAGGUGAAGCAGGAUCAAAUCGUGAAGAGGUGAACCCUUAUGCUGAAGAGGGAAGAAGCAACCUGGGCUUUGAGCCAGCUGAAGAGACACAAACAUCAUUUUAAAUGGUGUGGGUGCACUAAGGGCUUCUGGGUUUUUUCAUUUCACCUUUAGCAAUAGUACCUAGCAAAGGAGCAAAACAUGUUGGAUGUCAUCAAACAAUGUAUUCUGGUUGACCAUUAAUCUACUGGUUCAUGGCCAAAACAACUAAAUCUGCUGUCUGUGUGGUAACUGGAAAACAUGCAUGGCUUUUCUAAGAGUUAUCUGCAUAACAUUACACACCAUUUAUGCUGCUUUUCAUGUGUCAGCUGCAUCCAGCUUCUGCUUCCUGUGUAAUGAGAUACACAAAAGCUUGGAAAUAUACAGUUGUAUACAGACCAAGACACACAUAAAAAUAACUCAUAUACUCCUGAAGAAUAUCUUGAUCUUUCCUGAUGGAGACCUCAAAAGUGUUUCUAAAGACAGUGAUGAAAAAUCCCUUGACUAACCUUAGUGAUAAAGAACUCUGUUUGCUAUAACUGCAAUUUUUGCACCUUCAAGAAAUCUGUAUCAAUGUAAAGUGGAUACUGGAUGAAGACUAACAAGCACUGGAAGUUUAUUAGAAAAUCAUAACAUAAGUUAUUUUUCUAACUGUUUGCUUGAUAAGUAUUGUAGGGAUGAAAUAUCCCACGUUCCCUCAAAAAAACCCCACCUCUUUUAUGUUGACAUUAAAAAUGGAAACUUCCUUAAUACAAAA